CGUCGUGUUUUAAUUAUUGUGCAAUAAUGGAGACAAUUCAAUUAAAGCAAUUAUAAAUAGAUAUCUCUUGAAGAUACAUUUUCUGAAACGGCAUUGUGCUCUGAAAUGUUCUACUUGCUGCAGUGUUAUCAGUCACAUCAAGCAGGUCAGAUAUUGCAUUACAUUGUCCUUUAAAGUCACAAGUAUUACACUAAAAAAUGUCACGCGUAUGUCCAGGAUGCCCUACUGGCAAUAUUGAAAAAAUAAUGGUGUGUGUAAUUUCCACUAAUAUCGCCAAAGCACCAGUGCCAAGCCGACCGCCAAGAUCAUUACUAUUAAUUUCCGUUUGAGAACCAUGCGACUCAUGAAUAUUGUAUCAAGCACUUCAGCUGUAAGGAACAUCUGGUGACAGACGACUCAGUGAUUCCUGGGUCUUUCAAAUGAAGAGUGAAACGACCAUCGACCAUUUGAAACUAUCAUAUCUUGGCUUUUUAAUUCUGAAUGAUAAGUCUUCGAUUACGCUUAAUUCCGUUAUAUUUUUCGACACCUACAACAGCAUCCUUAGAUCCUCUCGUUUUUAAGCCGUGAUGAGUGUACUGCGGAUGGAGGAGGGUGCUAUUCGGGAGGAGCUCGACUACGCUUUCCUUGCUCAGACUAUUUCUCUCUCUCUCUCUUGGCCCCCACCUCCUUCCCUCCACCCCCUCUCUCUCUCCCCCUGUCUUUUUUCUUAUUGGUGAUCCAUUUCCAGGCAACGUGCUACUGGGUGCUGAUGCUGCCGAUCGCUGCUGCUCUCUUUGCGCUGCUGUCCUGCAUCUCGACUACAAGCUCCUCAACACCAUCCUGCUUUAAUUCUUCAAGUAGCUGUCUGGUGGCAUUUGCUCGAUUAUAUGUACCUUCUCCAACAGUUGUUUUAACGUGUAAAACUGUCAGGAUUUUGAUUUACAAAUCUUUCUCACGUUUAAAGCAAGCCUAAAAGCAAGGCUCUGUCAUUUUUCUACAUUUCCGUAAAUUUGUGAACAGGGAAGUUUGCUUAAUUCUUUUGGAAUUUUAGCUCGAUUGCGGAGAAGAAUGUGAAUUUGUCUAUGAUACUGCCAUUCAAUUAUACACACUAGAGCUGUGCUCGCUUUUGAAGAAUCCGACCAAAGGAAAUAUCCGACUUUGCAGUGCUUCUGUUCAUCUCAUCUUCGCCGUGUCUGCCGUGGAUUUUCUUUUCAGCGCCUAAUAUUUGAGGAAUAUAUAAACAAGUUCAACAUGUUUUGAUUACUGAUCGCGAUUGUGAGACGAAAGCCAAGUGGAUUCAAUACUGCUAUUUCUUUAUGCAAAAGCGCCAAAAAGUGACGCGAUCUCUGCAAAGAAGACAAAACGCCCCUUUUCUGGAGUCUUUAUACCUAUGCCAGCUAUUCACGAGGCAACCAGGAGUUAAAAGUAUUUUGUGCGUGUCGUUCCGCCUUCGAUUUUAAACGGAAACGGAGAUGGAAGUUUUCUCGGUAAUGUUGGUUUUGCCCCUAUUCUGGACUCUAACCUGGGACUCGGUGGUUUCGGAUUCUAUUAUUCAUAUCGGGGCAAUUUUUGAUGAAUCUGCCAAAAAGGAUGAUGAAGUAUUUCGCUUGGCAGUGGCCGACCUCAACCUUAAUGAGGAAAUCUUAUCAACAGAGAAAAUCACUUUUUCUGUGACAUUUGUGGAUGGAAACAACCCAUUCCAGGCUGUGCAGGAAGCCUGUGAUCUAAUGAACCAAGGAAUCUUGGCAUUAGUCAGCUCUAUUGGUUGCAUGUCUGCUGGAUCAUUGCAGUCACUGGCUGAUGCCAUGCACAUUCCCCAUCUAUAUAUUCAGCGUGCUCCAGCUGGCACACCACGGUCUAGUUGCAGCAUCACCCACCCAACCAAAUCUGAAGAUUACACACUAUUUGUAAGACCUCCUGUCUACCUCAAUGAGGUCAUCCUUAAAGUCACUGCUGAAUAUGCCUGGCAAAAAUUUAUCAUCUUUUAUGAUACAGAAUAUGAUAUCCGUGGCAUUCAGGACUUCUUGGACAAAGUUUCACAACAAGGAAUUGACGUUGCACUUCAAAAAGUGGAAAACAACAUUAACAAGAUGAUAACAGGAAUGUUUACAACAAUGCGGAUUGAAGAACUAAAUCGCUACAGGGACACUUUGAGGAGAGCCAUUCUGUUUAUGAGCCCAUCCAUUGCAAAAGCUUUUAUUUCUGAGGUAGUAGAAACUAACCUUGUUGCAUUUGACUGUCAUUGGAUCAUCAUAAAUGAGGAAAUGACUGAUUUGGAUGUACAAGAGCUUGUUAGAAGAUCUAUUGGAAGAUUAACGCUUAUAAGGCAGAUAUUUCCUUUGCCACAAAAUACCAGUGAACGUUGUAUUCGAGGCAACCACAGAAUAUCUACUUCACUCUGUGAUCCGAAGGAGCUUUACUCGCAAAACAUGGAGAUUACUAAUCGUUACAUCUAUGACACUGUACUAUUACUGGCAAAUGCUUUUCAUAAAAAGCUGGAAGAUCGAAAAUGGCACAGUAUGGCAAGCUUAACAUGCAUUCGUAAGAAUUCAAAGCCAUGGCAGGGUGGACGAUCAAUGUUAGAAACAGUAAAAAAGGGUGGUGUUAGUGGAUUAACCAGUCUUCUGGAAUUUAAUGACAAUGGUGUGAAUCCAAAUAUAUACUUUGAAAUUCUUGGAACAAACUAUGGAGAAGACCUUGGCAGAGGUGUUCACAAAUUAGGAAGCUGGACACCAAUCUCCGGACUGAAUGGCACCCUUACAGACAGGAAACUGGAGAAUAAUAUGCGUGGAGUUGUUCUACGUGUUGUGACAGUACUGGAGGAACCUUUCGUAAUGGUAUCUGAAAAUGUGUUGGGAAAACCAAAAAAAUAUAGGGGAUUCUCUAUUGAUGUUCUUGAUGGUCUGUCCAGUUACUUGGGAUUCAAAUAUGAAAUCUACAUAGCUCCGGAUCAUAAGUAUGGAAGUCCACAGUCAGAUGGAUCCUGGAAUGGCUUGAUUGGAGAACUGGUGUUCAAGAGAGCUGAUGUGGGAAUUUCAGCUUUAACCAUUACCCCAGACCGAGAAAAUGUGGUUGACUUCACUAGUCGUUAUAUGGACUACUCAGUUGGAGUGCUGUUAAAAAAAGCUGAAAGGACAAUGGACAUGUUUGCCUGCCUAGCACCAUUUGAUCUAUCUCUUUGGGCCUGCAUAGCUGGUACUGUCCUACUGGUUGGCUUACUAGUCUAUCUGCUGAACUGGUUUAACCCCCCUCGUCUGCAAAUGGGAUCUGUUACAUCCACAACGCUCUAUAACUCCAUGUGGUUUGUGUAUGGCUCCUUUGUUCAACAAGGUGGAGAGGUUCCUUACACAACCCUGGCAACUCGAAUGAUGAUGGGUGUCUGGUGGUUGUUUGCAUUAAUUGUCAUUUCAUCCUACACUGCAAAUUUGGCAGCUUUCCUCACCAUCACCCGAACAGAGAAUUCUAUACAGUCCCUGCAAGACCUCUCCAAACAGACAGAAAUUCCCUAUGGCACAGUGCUGGACUCUGCUGUAUAUGACCAUGUGAGAACAAAAGGAAUGAACCCAUUUGAAAGAGAUGGCAUGUAUUCCCAAAUGUGGAAAAUGAUGAACAGAAGUGGUGGUCCUGAAAACAAUGUAGAGGAAUCUCAGGAGGGCAUUCGAAGGGUACGGUACGGAAAUUUUGCUUUUGUGUGGGAUGCUGCUGUCCUGGAGUAUGUAGCCAUCAAUGAUGCAGACUGUUCCUUUUAUACAGUUGGCAAUACAAUUGCUGACAGGGGAUAUGGGAUUGCCCUUCAACAUGGUAGCCCCUACAGAGACAUAUUUUCACAAAGGAUUUUGGAACUUCAACAAAAUGGUGACAUGGACAUACUGAAGCAGAAAUGGUGGCCGAAAGAUAAUCAAUGUGACCUUUAUUCUCCAGUGAACACCAAGCAAAAAGGAAGUGCACUAGACAUUAAAAGCUUUGCAGGGGUUUUUUGCAUUCUGGCUGCUGGCAUAGUUUUAUCUUGUUUCAUUGCAAUGUUGGAGACAUGGUGGAACAAAAGGAAAGGUUCCAGAGUGCCAUCCAAGGAGGAUGAUAAAGAGAUAGAUCUAGAGCACCUCCAUCGAAGAGUGAACAGUCUCUGCACAGAGGAUGACAGUCCUCACAAGCAAUUCUCCACUUCUUCCAUUGAUCUGACGCCCCUGGAUAUCGAUUCUCUUCCCACACGUCAAGCACUAGAACAGAUCAGUGAUUUCCGGAACACACACAUCACCACCACAACUUUCAUCCCAGAGCAGAUCCAGACUCUAAGCCGCAGCCUCUCUGCCAAAGCUGCUUCUGGUUUCGCCUUUGGAGGUGUACAAGAUCACCGAACUGGUCCUUUUAGGCAAAGAGCUCCCAAUGGAGGCUUCUUCAGGAGUCCUAUGAAGACAAUGUCAUCAAUCCCAUACCAGCAAACUCCUUCUCCUGGGUUCAACUUUGGCAAUGACCCUGACCGAGGCACCUCAAUAUAAGUAGUACUAUAGUCUUCUGGGGAUGGGAUAGGGAUGCUUUUUUCUGGAUGGGUGGGCUGAGGGGGGUGGGUCGGUAAAAUGGGAAUGUCAUAUCUACCAGUUUCAUUUUUUGUUGUCAUUUUGGACUCCAUUCUUAAGGAGCAACACACUCUUGUAAUGGACUAACAUGGAUGUAACUUUUUGAAGUCAGGAUAAGUAGCAGCUCUCUUUCUUCAGUAUGUAACUGCAAUAACUGAAAUCACUUUUAAUUUACAUUUUGCUUUUUUGGUCUCUCUUAUUCAUUGUCAACUUCAUUUUAGGUUAUCUGCUGCUUCUCUGUGUAAAUCACUGGACCAAAGGCAAAAUCUUCAGCAUGAGAAAGUGUCACCUAUUUAUAAGAAAGGCGUUUUUUCUUUCCUAAUCUAGAAUUGCCUCAAGCCAUUGUCAAUCCAGUCAAACUACAGUUAAAUACUUUGCACUGCACCAGUGCAUUUUGAUCUAAAUGUGAUUGUAUGAUAUUAAAUGAAUAUUUCUUUUUUGUUCUGUAUAGUACUAGUUAUUUUAAAGUUAACGCCUCAGAUAUGGAAAUUCAGCGUCUAGAAAUGGAAAGUCAGACAUGGCUCUUACCAUUCAUUUUUAAUAACGGCUUUAGUAAGUGGAAUGUGUCUUAUUAAAAAUAAAGAUGCACAACGUAUGAUGAGUUGUCUUUAUUAUAUUCUGAAUAUUUCUAAAGCAGAAUUUGAGUGCUUUAAAUGUAACUCUGGUUUGCAUCAUUAGCCUCAAAGACUUAUUUUGUACUUUUAUUCCGAUUUCCAGGGUAAUUGAAUGUUGUUUGUGUGAUUAGAAAUGCAUUUUCUAUGUUGCAUUGCAUAGGCUACUUUGGAUUUCAUUGUGCUGUUUGAAACAGGAAGCACAAUUUAAUCAUUGCCAUUAGCAAUUAAACAUGAGGCCUGUCCCUUGGCCUUAUUUGUAACAUCCAAAUCACCUAUUCUGGAUUAGAAAACUCUUUCAAGUUUAAUUUGCUCUACCGACAUAACAUACUAAAAAAAGUCAAACACCUGGAACCCGUUUUUACACAGUCAUUCAUAGUUAUUAUCACAGCAUUUUUAUUUGAGUUUUCAAGUGCCAACUGCUAACAGGCUGAAGUGCAGGUAGCAAAACUAUUUUGUUGCCAGUUGUUUCGUUAACACUUUAUUAGUAUUUAAUAAUGUUAGACGUUUAGGGUGAGCUUUUCAGUUUAUCUUAAAACUUAUUGCAAAUGUGGUUAGUAGAGAGCAGCAAAUUCUGUGUUUGAUACAAGCAUUAGAUGUUAAUUUACUUAAAAUGUGGCUUAUGAAUGAAAAUAGGAAAUAGCCGUCAUUGAGUUUCUUUAGCAAAAAUAAAGAAACUUUACAAAACCAUAUAUUUUAUAUACUGAUGCUAAUCCUGUUCUGAAAAAGAGCAUCAUGUAGCAACAUCACUGUUUUGUAGUACAUUUUUCAGCAUUGCUUACAGAGUAAGACAACCCCAUAUCUUAUCACAGAAAGGCCAUUUUUGGAGGGAUGCAAGAUCCUAAAAGCAUGAACCACUUGCUGAGCCUGUAACAUUUUUAAUUUCUUAUAUGAGACAUACAGGAUUUGUCAAUAAUUUGAACUGAUUACAAUGUACAGUAUUUAAUAUAGGCCUAUUUUGUUGUAUGUGUUGCAUAGUAUACAAACCGAUCAAAUUUGGGGCCUCUGUUACAAGUGGCAAAGCUUUCUGUGUAUAAUUUGUCUAAUAAACUUGUUUUCUAAAUUUUCCUGUCAUUCCUUACAUUGCUAUAUCUGUAAGUGUUUUCAUACAUGCUGCUGUGGUGCUCUUCUUGCACAAAAUCCCACCACAAAUAAUUAUGUGAUACUUUUAACUGGCUUAAAGACAGAACAUCUCC